AUGCCACCGCCAUCCCACCAACUCAAAAUAUGUGCCGUACAAAUCCGCCCGGCCCAAGAUCCUGAUCUGCCCCAGAUUCGCGCCAUCAAUGCCCACUACAUUCUCCACACGGCACUCACAUUCGCGGAGACUCCGCCUCCGCACGAAACAUACCGUGCCAAGUUUACCGAUCUAGUCGCACGUGGACUACCGUACCUCGUUGCCGUGGCCGAGGACUCGGCCAAUGACGAGCUCUUCCCACGAGCCCGAACUGGUAAUCAACAAGUUGUGUUGGGCUACGCUUAUCUCUCGCCUUUCCGCGGCCAUCUGACUGCGUAUGCGCCGACUGUGGAGUUGAGUUUGUUCUUGCAUCCAGCCUAUCAUUCCCAGGGGAUUGGAACAAAACUACUUGCGGAGAUUGUGACGCUUUUGCGGGAAAGAAAUAUCCACCACGUCGCUAUCGCUGAUGAAAGCGCCUCUGGGUCUGGCGAUUUUGGCAAUAAUUGCCCUAAAUCGCAGACCAUACCUCCUACGGUCACGGUGGAAAAUAUAGUUGCUGUUAUGGCGGUGGAUCCGGAGGGCAAGGAUCAAGGUGAGGCGCUACGCAGGUGGUAUAUUAAACGUGGAUUCCAGGAGUGUGGAGGACUCUCCAGAGUUGGAUUUAAACGGGGCCAUUGGUACAUUUAA